AUGAGGAGGAGAGCCCUUCUGGGGACGGUCCUGGGGCUUCACCUCGCGGUGGCGGACGCGGAGGUUUCCGCGGCUGCGGCGGGAGCGACAGGAAGUGAAGCGGCCCGGCCGGGCAACCGCGGCGGCAGAAACAGCGGAAGGGGCGCUGCGGCCACGACGUCGGCGACGGGGGUGGACGAGGGGGUUGAGCAGCCAGAGGAGUCGCCCGCUCGGAAGCCGGAUCCCGAGCCGGGCAGGAUGGAUCAUCACCAGCCAGGAACUGGCCGCUACCAGGUGCUUCACCCUGAAGAGGAUAAUUCCGAGUCCUCUGCCGAAGAGCAACCUUCAACGUCAAACGCAGCGCCGCAGCGCGUUCAGACGGCUCCUUCAGCAUCAGUACUUGAAACGGACUCUUCUCCUCCCCCUUACAGUGGUAUUACUGCGGAAGUACCUACAACUUCAGAUACAGACGUUUACAGUGAGUUUUACCCUGUGCCACCUCCCUACAGUGUCGCUACCUCCCUUCCUACAUACGAUGAAGCUGAGAAGGCCAAAGCUGUUGCCAUGGCGGCCGCAGCAGCAGACACAGCCCAGAGAAUUCGGGAGGAAGAGUGGCCACCAAGAGAUGACUUUAGAGAUGCAGACCCGCUCAGAGUGGGUAAUGAUGGGAUUUUCGUGCUGGCAUUUUUCAUGGCAUUUAUUUUCAACUGGCUUGGAUUUUGUUUAUCCUUCUGUAUCACCAAUACCAUAGCUGGAAGGUAUGGUGCCAUCUGUGGAUUUGGACUUUCGUUGAUCAAAUGGAUUCUUAUUGUUAGGUUUUCUGAUUAUUUUACUGGAUAUUUCAAUGGACAGUAUUGGCUUUGGUGGAUAUUUCUUGUACUCGGCCUGCUGCUUUUCUUCAGAGGAUUUGUUAAUUAUCUAAAAGUCAGAAACAUGUCUGAAAGUAUGGCAGCUGCUCAUAGAACAAGAUAUUUCUUCUUAUUAUAGAGACUGCAUCGACCGGACAUUCUUUUCUUAAACCAAUGUGAAAUUUCCAGAUCAUCUGUAAACGUACAACUUUAA